AUGGUAAAAUGGGAAAUCGAAGUACAAGAUAGUGGCAUCACUGAUAUUAUGAGAAUAAAUAUACUAAGUAUAUUAGCUACUUCGAUUGAUACACAUGGAUCAUCGGAAAAAUAUAAAAUCGCAAAAGAUGUUAGAACUUGGCUUGAUGAAACUUAUGGAGAAUAUUGGAGAGUAACCAUUGGUGGUGCAGGUACAUGGGCAUCCUGUGGUACUUAUUUUGAGUCCAAAUUUUUGAGAAUCAAAGAAACAGCAUUGGGAUGGGGAAUUGACAUUUUUAAACAAGCACAACGAUAA